AUGGCCGCAGCCGCCCUCCCGCCCUGGCCUCGGUCCGGGCCUGGGCCCCGGCCGCUGCCUCUGCUCCUGCUGUCUCUGCUGCUGCUGCUGCUGCUGCUGCUGCUGCUGCUGCGUGCCAGCCCGGUGCGCGCUGACAGUAAGGUGUUCGGCGACGUGGACCAGGUGCGCAUGACCUCGGAGGGCUCAGACUGCCGCUGCAAGUGCAUCAUGCGGCCGCUGAGCAAGGACGCGUGCAGCCGGGUGCGCAGCGGGCGGGCACGAGUGGAGGACUUCUACACGGUGGAGACUGUGAGCUCCGGCACCGACUGCCGCUGCUCCUGCACCGCGCCGCCCUCCUCGCUCAACCCCUGCGAGAACGAGUGGAAGAUGGAGAAACUCAAGAAACAGGCACCCGAGCUCCUCAAGCUGCAGUCCAUGGUGGAUCUCCUGGAGGGCACCUUGUACAGCAUGGACCUGAUGAAGGUGCACGCCUACGUCCACAAGGUGGCUUCCCAGAUGAACACGCUGGAAGAGAGUAUCAAGGCCAACCUGAGCCGGGACAACGAGGUGGUGAGGGAGAGCAUGCGCCACUUCAGGGAGCAGCUGGGGCACUACGAGAACCACUCAGCCAUCAUGAUGAGCAUCAAGAAGGAGCUCUCCAGCCUGGGCCUCCAGCUGCUGCAGAAAGACGCGUCCACGGCGCCCGCCGCUGCCCCAGCCCCCAGGCCUGGCAGUAAGGCUCAGGACACAGUUGGAGGGAAAGGCAAAGACAACAACAAAUAUGGCAGCACGCAGAAGAGCUUUGCAGACAAGGGCCUCCCAAAACCUCCUAAGGAGAAGCUGCUGAAAGUGGAGAAGCUGAAGAAGGAGGGCAAAGGCAGACGCCCCCAGACCACAGGCAAGCCCCGGGCCCUGGCCCAGCAGCAGGCUGUGGUCCGAGGCAUCACCUACUACAAGGCGGGCAGAAAGGAGAUGACCGAGGCCAUGGCUGACAACGCCCUCAAGGGCACUUCCUGGCUGGAGCAGCGGCCGCCCCGGGUGGAGGGCAGGCAGCCUGAGCCCAACUCAGCAGAGCGUGACGAGACUGGGCCCAGGGCCUUUGAGGGAGCGGACUUGGCCCCUGGCACCCCUGCCUCGGAUCCCACCCCCACCCCUACCCUGACUCCCAUCACCAGUCCCCUGCCCACCAUGCCACCUUCACGCCCAGAAGUCCCCAGCCAAGGCAGAGGGGCGAGCUGCGAGGGCACCCUCCGGGCCGUGGACCCCCCUGUGAGACACCACAGCUAUGGGCGCCAUGAGGGAGCCUGGAUGAAGGACCCCGCUGCGAGGGAUGACAAGAUCUAUGUCACCAACUACUACUAUGGAAACAGCCUGGUGGAAUUCCGCAACCUGGAAAACUUCAAGCAAGGCCGCUGGAGUAACAUGUACAAGCUGCCCUACAACUGGAUCGGCACAGGCCACGUGGUGUACCAGGGCGCCUUCUACUACAACCGCGCCUUCACCAAGAACAUCAUCAAGUACGACCUGCGGCAGCGCUUCGUGGCCUCCUGGGCGCUGCUGCCCGACGCGGUGUACGAGGACACCACACCCUGGAAGUGGCGCGGCCACUCGGACAUUGACUUCGCCGUGGACGAGAGUGGCCUGUGGGUCAUCUAUCCCGCUGCGGAUGACCACCACGAGGCCCAGUCCGAGGUGAUCGUGCUGAGCCGCCUGGACCCCGGCGACCUGUCGGUGCACCGUGAGACCACGUGGAAGACGUGGCUGCGGCGAAACUCCUACGGGAACUGCUUCCUGGUGUGCGGCAUCCUGUACGCCGUGGACACCUACAACCAGCGGGAGGGCCACGUGGCCUAUGCCUUCGACACGCACACGGGCACCGACGCCCACCCGCAGCUGCCCUUCCUCAACGAGCACGCCUACACCACCCAGAUUGACUACAACCCCAAGGAGCGGGUGCUCUAUGCCUGGGACAACGGUCACCAGCUCACCUACACCCUCCACUUCGUGGUCUGAGGGAGACCUGGGCUCACGGGAGAGGAGUGGCCGUGGGCAUGGGGGGCUCCCCACAGUGACUCCUGCAAGGGACUCCCUCAGCAAAUAUUUAUUUACUGGGCCCAGGCCUGGAGCUAGGUGCUAGGCAGUGGGCACAGCCAGCGUCAAGCUUCCUCAGCACUCAGUGGAGUAAUAAUCACUUCCACUUGCACAACACUGCCAAGAGCUGCAUGUGCACUAACCCACUUCAUCCUCCUGACACCCUUGGAGGUAGAGACAGUUAAACCCAUUUAACAGGUGAGGACAC